UCCUGGAAUGCUAUUGGUAUGAAGAAAGAAGAAGGCCAGUUCCUCUAGCAGCUAACAGAAGGAAAGACAAUAGGCUCUAGGAUUACAGCUUCUCUCUCCCGCUCCAGAGUAUCAGUUCACAGCAAUAAAGCUCUCCCUGUUAAAGAUGGCCGACCUACCUCCCAACAUUGGUUUUGAUGAUGAACCAGUGAUACUAUUGAACUACAUCACACUAGAAGACAAGGCCCCAUCGUCAUCAAGACCACUAAUCAUGUCAAAGUCCCGCAACAGAGUGAAGUCAGAUUCAUCCCUCGUGUCACCUUCAGGUACAGCUGGUAAGAAGAGAAGCAACAAGUCCUCAGUGUCAUCAUUAUCAGAUGGUUCAUCUUUUGAUCCAAACGAAAGUGAUAAAAUGACCACACCUCAUCACUCAACUCAAAGCCAAGAAAGUGAUGUGUCUCCUUUUCACGUGGUCCAGUCAAGGUCUUCUCCUCUAAAGAGACUCCAAGAAGAGAAUAGAAAUUGUCUCAAAAGUCUUGACGAAGCUGACUGCCAUCCUGACAAUGAUAAAGAGAGAGGGAGAAAGAGAAAGGGUUUUUCAGUUGUCGUAGAACCAAAGAGUCCUUCUUCCACUGAUGCAAUGAGUUCCUUGUUGAUAGAAAGAGACAAGGAGAUAAGUGACCUCAGACGACAGCUCAAAGAGUUACAAAUGGCCACUCACCACUCGUCCGAUGUACCACUGAUAUCGGUGUCCCACCUACCAGUUCAUCAACGAUGUAUCUCUGAGACAUCAGAACCACCUUUCAUAUUAGGAGAGCACUCCCAACGAAGUACUCUAGAGCGUCUCCUUGAGGAACAGCAGGUUUCUUAUCGUCUAAAGACUGAUAAUUCUGAGUUGCGAUCUAAAGUCCUGAUACUAGAGGGAGAGGUGGACAGCCUCAGACAACAGAACCUGAUACAGCUCCAGCAGCUGGAGCAAGCUACCACUAGUCUUGCAGCUGCUUCAAACUCCGCCCACUCUCCCCCUUCCGCCUCACCUCAAAAAUCUAAGAAAAAGUCGUUUUUUGGUUUGCGACGCUCAUCGGGUCGCAAGCAGAAUAUGGGUAACAAGAAUGGUAGUGGAAGCUCUAUUGAUCAGAGUCCGAGACUCAAGAGACCGGGUUUUCAUUCUGCGUCAAACCUCUCGCUGGAAGGUUCUCUUUCUGAGCAUGACAUCAGCAGUUUACUCACUCGUAAGUCUGAGGGUCGGACUGAUGAGCUCCACCCACUGGGCGGAGCUAACUUUGACUUUGAAAGACUCCAAAUGACUCUUAAACUUACAAUGGAAGAAAAGUCUGAACUUGGACGCCAGCUGGAGCUGCUACGAGAAGAACUGAGACACCAAGAAGAGAAGAGAGAAGCAUUACUGAAGGAGACUAUUAACAAAGAGGAGUCCAGCGUUAAACUCCAAGAAACCCUACAAGCACUUCAACUGACAACACGAGAGAAGGAGCUUCUGGAGAGCGAAGGAGAAGGACUCAAGUAUGAGCUGGAGACACUCCGGAGCGAGAGGGACAGUCUCACGGCCUCGCUGAAAGGGAAGGAAGUGAAGGCAGUGCUAAAGGAGAAGCAGGAGAUGGAUUUCCUCAGGUCUGAGAACAAGGCACUCAUGAGUGAAGUCCGUACGUUAAUAAGUAACAGCGAUGGGUUGGAGACGUCUCUUAGUCAAUUAAAAAGAGAAAUGGUCACUAGAGAUGUCCGUGGACAUGAGCUGAAGCUGAAAAUUAAGAAAUUGGAGAAGGAGAAUUCUGAAUUGAAGGCAAUAGUGUCAUCGCUUAAGGAAGGCAAAGAUGAUGAUGAUAAAAGUAAAGAAAAUAAACCAACUCACAAUCUUCUCUCAACAAGAAGACAUGCUUCUCCUGAGAAACAAACCCUCACCUCAUCUUCAUCAUUCUCUGACCAGCAGAGCCCCAGCACUGGUCAACCGGCCAUGAAAUCUUACCACAAGAAACCCUCACCAUUCCUAACAGCUUCUAACGGAGAAUCUCAAUUCUCGGGUCAUGAGAGAACUCAGAGUGAAGACCUCACGUCCUCUGUAGCCUCAAUCCCUCCUCUUCAAAUGGUUCGUACCUCCAGUGGAGGCACUAAGUUUGUGGCGGUACAAGUUACUCUACCGACUAAAGAAACUGUAAUGAAAGUUAAAGACAAGUCGCUAUCAGUUCCCCUCCUUGAA